AUGGAUUCCCUGGAGGAUGGGAAUCACACUGCUGUGACGGAGUUCAUCUUAUUGGGCUUAACAGAUGAUCCAAUCCUUCAAGUCAUCCUCUUCAUGAUUAUCGUAUGCAUCUACCUGGUGACCAUAUCUGGCAAUCUCAGCACGAUCAUUCUUAUCAGAAUCUCUUCUCAGCUUGAUCAUCCUAUGUACAUUUUUCUGAGCCACCUGGCUUUUGUUGACAUGGGCUAUUCAUCUUCUGUCACACCCAACAUGCUUGUGAACUUCCUCAUGGAGAGAAAUACAAUCUCUUAUCUUGGAUGUGCCAUCCAGCUUAGUUCAGCGUUUUUCUUUGGGACAGCCGAAUGCUUCCUUCUGGCUGCCAUGGCCUAUGAUCGCUUUGUGGCAAUUUGCAGCCCACUGCUUUAUUCAACCAAAAUGUCCACACAAGUCUGUGUUCAGCUACUCAUAGUGGCUUAUAUAGGUGGUUUUCUUAAUGCUUCCUCCUCUACCUUUUCCUUCCUUUCUUUAUUCUUCUGUGGACCAAAUCAAGUCUAUCAUUUUUUCUGUGAUUUUACUCCUUUACUUGAACUCUCCUGUUCUGAUACCAGUAUCCCUGCAGUCAUUCCCUCAUUUUCUGCCGGCUCCAUCAUUGUGGUCACUGUGUGUGUCACAGCCGUCUCCUACAUCUAUAUCCUCAUCACCAUCCUGAAGAUGCGCUCCAAUGAGGGUCGCCACAAGGCCUUCUCCACCUGCACUUCCCACCUCACUGCGGUCACUCUGUUCUAUGGGACAAUUACCUUCAUUUAUGUGAUGCCCAAUUCCAGCUACUCAACUGACCAGAACAAGGUGGUGUCUGUGUUCUACAUGGUGGUGAUUCCCAUGUUAAACCCCCUGAUCUACAGCCUCAGGAACAAAGAGAUUAAAGGGGCUCUGAAGAGAGAGCUUAAAAGUAUUUUCUAG